CUAACAUUAGCAUGCUAACCGAGAUGUAGCUUUAGCUGCAUUAUGGCGGCCUUAGCGAGAGUUGUGCGGACUGGAGCUGGAAGUGGAGCUCUGCGGGGGCUGUGCAGCGCACUCCAAACUAACCCUCGUCCACACUAUGACAUACUGAGACGUGGUUUCCAUCAUGCUGCGGUGCUACGAUAUGCUGAUGACUCCAAAACUCACCAGAACACACCACCUCCAUCGUACCAUGAACAGCACCAGGGCCAAGAAUCAGGACAGAGUCCAUCCUCUUUCACAGAUCACACGUCUACUGCCACUGACACUCAACAGGAUGAACAGCAGCCCAACACCAGUUAUCAGGAUCAGAGCGGUGAACAGUCUGAGGAUUUUGAGACUGAGGAGCAGCUGCAGGCUCGAAUCCUCACUGCUGCGCUUGAGUUUGUACCUGAGUUUGGUUGGACAGUAGAAGCCAUCGCAGCUGGAGCAGAGACGCUCGGUCUGUCUGCUGCCUCUGCGGGGAUGUUUGAUAACGUUGCAGGAGACUUGGUGCUGCAUUUUGUCGGUGAGUGCAACACUCAGCUUGCACAGAUGCUCGCAGAGCAGCAAAAUCAUAUCCAGCUUGGACAAGCUGAAAAGAAAGAUACGGCGGAGUUUCUGAGGGACGCAGUCGAGACUCGUCUCAGAAUGUUGAUUCCGUAUAUCGACAAGUGGCCACAGGCGAUGAGUAUACUGUUGCUCCCUCACAACAUCCCAGACAGUCUAAAGCAUCUGUCUACACUGGUGGACGACAUCUGGUACUAUGCUGGCGAUAGAUCUACAGAUCUCAACUGGUAUGCCCGUCGUGCAGCAUUAACAGGGAUCUACAACACCACAGAGCUGGUGAUGCUGCAGGACGCGUCCCCCGACUUUGAGCAAACCUGGACCUUCCUUGAAAACCGUAUUCGGGAUGUGGUGAACAUGGCCAGCGUUGCCAAGCAGGUUCAGUCAACCGGAGAAGCUGUCGUUCAGGGGAUGAUGGGAGCUGCAGUCACACUGAAGAACCUGACUGGGCUCAAUCAGAGGAGAUGAACCAGACCAGUUUCUUAUUUACCGGGUCCCCUGCCAUAAUACGUUACAAAUGAGUGACAAUCAUUGUUGUCUUUUUUGAGGAUCUCUGAAGUCACGUUUUACUUUUAUUUCAUUUCAAAUCUAGUUUGGAUUUUGCAUGAUUUUCGUGCCCCGAAUAUCUUAACUGUGCCAGAGCUUUCAGAUCUGACUGAAUAUUUACAGCGUCUUUACACAACACUGCACACUAAUCAAACUCCCGGAAUUUAGACGUUCCAAAAUAUCUUGAUUGUUUCUGUUAGGACAGUUGUCUGAUUUGUUGGUUAGUUCUGUUCUAUACCAUGUGCUCACUGUAUAAACACUGAAGCAGAAUAAAUAUAUAUUGUACGUCAACAGG